AUGGAAACAGGCAUCAGUUUACUACGUGCUAUUAGAUGGACAAUUGAAUUACAAUGUGAUAUUGUUAAUUAUAGUUUUGGGGAACAAGUGAUUUGGCCAAAUGUUGGACGGAUUUCAAAAUACUUGAACAGAAUGAUCCAUAAACACGGUAUUAUUAUGGUGGCAAGCGGUGGGAAUAAUGGGCCAAGUCUAGGUACACUCAGUUGUCCAGGUGGUACAGUUCAAGGUGUAAUAGGUGUUGCUCCAUUGGUAUUUCCUGAUAUGAUGCGUAAUUUAUACAGUCAACCGGAUGAUCCAUUCGCACUACAAUAUCAAUCCACUUGUGAAGAUUCUUCUUCUUACAAUGAUUCGUUACAAGCAACUUGUCAACAGGAUGAAAUGAAUACAGUUUCUCAAAAUUCACAAACUGCUCAACCAACUGCUUAUAAUUGGGGUAGUCGUGGUCCAGCAUUUGAUGGAGCUUUGGGAUUGUGUGUUGCUGCUCCAGGCGGUGCUAACACCUCUAUUGCUAGUUGGCAGUUAAAACCAUGCGGUCUGUUAAGUGGAAGUUCAAUGAGUGCACCAAUGGUCACUGGUGGGAUAAGUCUUCUCCUGUCUGGCUUACGUCAUCGUAUAAGUGUAUCGAUGAUGGUUUAUUGA